CUGCACUCCAGCCUGGCAAACAGAGGGAGACUCUGUUCUCAAAAGAAAAAAAGAAAAAGAAAGUUGAGGCUUCCUGAAGCUACACACUACACACCCCACACCCCUAUCCACCACCCACCGAGUGGUAAAGUCCUGCAGCUCAGCAGACCACCUCCUCACCAAAACCUGUGUUUGCUCUCUUCUGGUACCGAGGGACUGAAUCAAGGUCAGGUUCAGACCCAGCCUCUGAGGAGGGGCCUGAACUGGCCUGGGGAGCUACACCUUGGGGGCUUUCUCAGGAGCCAGCAGAGAAGCCCUGGGCACUAGCCUGGGGAUGGAGCUGCAGCGAUGAGAACCGGGAGGCUGGAACUACCCCGCCUCACUCCCAGCGCGGCUCAGCCCAGCCCAGCCCAGAAAAGGCCCAACCCUGUGAUUGGUCCUUGGGUACCUGUUGCCAGGAAUUGAGGCCAAGAAAAUGGGAGGGAAGGAAGGAAGGGAGUGAGUAGGUCCAGUGAGGACGGAGGUGAAAUUUAUAUCUCUGCCAGGGACUAGGGGCCUGCACCGCCAUGGACACCACCAGGUACAGCAAGUGGGGCGGCAGCUCGGAGGAGGUCCCUGGAGCCUUCACGGAGCGCGCGGCGUUGCUCGGCUGCCAGGACCUGCUGAGGACAAACGCCUCCAAGCAGACGGCCGCACUGGGUGCCCUGAAGGAGGAGAUCCGAGUCUGCCGCAGCUGCUGUGAGGGGGCGCGGCCAAGGCGGUGGGCGCGCAGGGGCGGGGUCUUGUGGCCGGGAUGGGAGGGGGGACGGGGGCGAGGCCUGCGGCGAGCUGGGCUGGACGUGCUGGUCUCCGAAGUCCCGCCCCAUCCUCGCGGUCCUCGCCCCCCUGGUCCAGCAGCUCUCAGGCUCGCGGACGCAGACUCAGCUGCAGACCACGCGCUCGGAGCUAGGGAGGCGCAGGCAAAGCUGAUGGAGCAGGAGAGCGCCCUGCGGGAACUGCGUGAGCGCGUGACCCAGGUCUUGGCUGAAGCCGGCAGGGACCGCGAGGACGUCCGCCCUGGACUGUUCCUGGCGCUGGAGGCAGUGAGGCUGCAGAACACUUCCUGUGAGCCGUGUACCACGUCGUGGCUGCCCUUCGGGAGCUCCUGCUACUAUUUCUCUGUGCCGAAGACCACGUGGGCAGAGGCGCAAGGCCACUGCGCCCAUGCCAGCGCACGUCUGUAGGGGGCCUGGAGGAGCAGGACUUCCUGAGUCAUCACACUAGCGCCCUUGAAUACUGGAUCGGCCGCAAGGCGGUGCAACACUUGUGCAAGGUUCAGGGCUCCUCGUGGGUGGACAGAGUCCCACUCAGCUUCAGGUAGGGGAAGGGCUCCUGGUGAAACCUGGGGGCCACAGGAUAGACUCUAGAGGACAUGCUUUGAGGCCGAGGCGGGCGGAUCACCUGAGGUCAGGAGUUCAAGACCAGCAUGUGAAACGUGACGAAACCCCGUCUCAACAAAAAAAUAUAAAAAAUUAGCCAGGUGUGGUGGCGCACCAGCUAACCCAGGAGGCUGAGGCGCGAGAAUCACUUGAACCUGGGAGGCAGAGAUUGCAGUGAGCCAAAAUCGCGCCACUGCACUCCAGACUGGCAGACCGAGACUCCGUCUCAAAAAAAAAAAAAAAAAAAAGACAUGCCUUGGCCAGAUCUCAGGGACCCGCUUGGCUGGGACUCCAUUCUUAAGGAUGGGCAGGCUAGACCCCAGGAAGUGUCCUUGGGUUAAAUUCUGGGCGUUAGUAAGUUAUAUCCCAAGUGUACACUCAGGUUAGACACUUACGGUGUCUAGGGUAGACCCAAGCAAUAAACAGGCUAGAGGCUGGGAUGGAAGAGGGAAGUCCCGAGUCCAUCCUCAGCCUAGAUUCCCAGCAACACCCUCCACCAUUCAACUGCUGCAGCCACUGGUUACAGGGGGAACCCAGUGAAUCUUGGGGGUGCGAGGCCUGUGUCAUGAUUCUGGGCCUGGGGCUGUGGAUGGACCCACCAUGUGAUGAGAAGGCUGGCCGGAUCUGUGAGAAGAGGCAUGGUGCUGAACCCGCCCAGUGCUCCAGAGCCAUGCCCAGUGCCCAAUGGGAUGCCAUGCACCAUCGCGGCUCCUGGAACCCACCGGCAAUGAUUUUCUUUUCCCCAUCCACCACUACAAGAACCAAUCGGCCAGGCCCAGCCCUGUCCGGUGCCUGCACUCUGGGACCUCUGCUCUGACCUCAUGGAGACCUAACCUAACCUUCACUGGCUCCAAAAUCUCCAUUUCUGGAUCCCAGUGGUGUGACCCCACCUCUCCUCCUAGCCAAGACAGGCAACUGAGGAAUGGAGCUAUUUGGUUUUCCUGCACUUUCCUGCAAAGGGGAGAAUGGUACUUCCUACAAAGCUCUCUUUGCAGCCUGGGGGAGCAUCAAUAAAGGUUUGAGAAGUGGA